CUACCUAAUCUCAUUAUCGAAUUGAUUACGAUUUACGAUUAGUUUGUGUGCAAGACGCGCGUGAGUGCAGACAUAAAAUAACUUAAAUGUAAUAAUUUAAUUAAACUAAUUUUUAUUUGCGUUAUCCAAACCUCAAGAAACAGUGGCUGUAAUGCUAGUGCUCUUGCACUGAAUACUACAAUACAUGGUUGUGAUAAAAUCUGGAAAUGGAAUGAAAUAAUUGUAAACUAAAAGCCCUAUAAUACAAAAAAAUGGCACCUCCAAAUCCUCCUCUACUCAGCUAUGAGACCCUCGUGCAUGCCCUGGCUGGGGCUACGGGAAGUGUUGCAAGUAUGGCUGCAUUUUAUCCACUAGAUACACUGAGGUCAAGGUUACAAGUUGAAGACUCCAACAAGUAUCAAGGUUCAUCUUCAUGGGAACUACUCAUAAAACUCGCAAAUGAGGAAGGUAUUGAUUCUUUGUACAGAGGCCUAGCUCCAGUACUGCAGUCACUUUCUAUUUCCAAUUUUGUAUAUUUCUACACAUUCCAUGCAUUGCGUAGAACUGCUUCUACAAACUCAUCAGCAAUACAAGAUCUAAUGUAUGGUAUUGCAGCAGGUAGUAUCAAUGUACUUAUUACUUCACCCCUAUGGGUUGUAAACACAAGAAUGAAGUUGGAAAAUAAUACUUACAGCAGCUUAUUUGAAGGUCUAGUCACACUCUUUAAGAAAGAAGGAGUCAAGGGUCUGUGGUCAGGUACUGUUCCUUCACUGUUGUUGGUCUCAAACCCGGCCAUUCAGUUCAUGGUGUAUGAGGCCUUGAAAAGGCACCUCGUGUCAACUGGGCAUUUCAAGAGCUAUUACGCUGCUUUCCUGGUGGGAGCUUUUGCUAAAGCCAUUGCAACAACAGUGACAUACCCACUCCAACUGGUGCAGAUGCGACUGCGCUCCGGUACAAGCAUGAAGCCUCUGUUCAGAGAUGUAAAAUCAAACCCAUGGCUAAUGUUCCGUGGUCUUGAAGCCAAAUUACUACAAACAGUAAUGACAGCUGCAUUGAUGUUUCUUAUUUACGAGAAGCUUGUUAAGUUAGUGUUUAGCAUAAUGAGAGUUAGAGCUAAACACAGCUAAGCAACUUAAUUGCUCAGAUGUUACCAUUUGGUGAUAGUUUUAAAUGUUAUUUUUAUUUAUGAGCCUAGUGUCUUACUGCUGGGCUAAGGCCUCCCUUUUGUUUUCAAAAGUGGUACCCUUUGUUUAAUAAAUAGGUACAGUAUUAUAUUCCUUACUAAUGAAUGUUCCAAAAUUGGAAACAUAUUUUAAUAAGUUUUCAAUUUUGAAACAUUCUAUAUUUAUUUUUUUAACAAUAAUGCUCAUAUAUGAUGCAUGAUAAAAGCGCAACCAUUAGACGCUGAACUACAUAACAUUCAAAAGAAUGAUAAGUAUAGCUAUAUAACUUUCUAAUUAAUCCACAUUUAUAAACGAAACGAAACGUGUAAAUUCUUAUAAACUUAUUUAUAAGAAUUUACGGUUUCCAAACCCAAAAAAUAAGUGGUUAUACUGGUUAUGUUGCCCUUGAAAUGACAAGAACAAUUUUAUGAUUAUUAUGAUAUAUGAUCAUGAAUAUUAUAAUUUAUUUUAAGUAUUAUUGUAAAUUUUAACUUAUUAUUAACAAUACAAUUCAGACAGAGUAGUCAAGACUUAAAAUUUUUCUUAUUGAAGGUUCCGUCAGGCGUUUUCCGGGCGGGUCGUGAGCGUUUUAUAAUUUAAAAGCGGCGCGCCCCGCUCACGCGCUGCCUGCAAAACUCGCCUGUGUGACGGACCCUUUAUUAUUGUAAUUAAGACAAGGUUCUAAAUAUUGAUAUUGUCAUUUAAACUAUGUCAUAAUAAAAUCUCUAAAGGACAUUUAAGGAUAGAAGUGGAAAAUAAAAGUCUAAAUCAAAAUUGCUUGUUUAGUGCAAUUCAAAAGUUCCAAACUAUAUUUGGAUUUGUGUUGGAACGUGUAAUUACUUACGACGAUAUAACAUAGGUAACGAGUGAGUCGUGUCCAUAUUUGGUAGGUAUUCGUUGAUUUGACUAAACCGAAUAGUAAACGCAAACGAAAAACGCAACUUAGUAAAGUUAAAUACGCUAAGUAUAUUGAUACAAUACGAAACGUGACAUAAUAUGUCCUUGAAAAUAUGUAUUUGACUACUGUAUUUUAGCUUUUAUGAAUUGUAUCGUGUACAUAAUUUUCAAUGUCAAUGUAUGUACAGCAAAUACUAAGUGUUUGGUCUAAGGUGAAGGUUGUGUACACGCGCUAAAACGUGAUAUAGUCACGGAUACAGUACUGUAUACAUCUUCCAAUAAUAAUUCCAUGAUAUUAUUCAUCUAACCUCCUAAGGCCCAAGGUCCUACCUAUAGUACUUAUUCAGUUCGAUGAAAUUUAAAUCAUAUUCAAUUGGAACAGAGUCGCAUUUGUUUUGUUUCGUUCAAUCUUCAAACAAAACCAAAAUCAACUCUAUUCCCUGCACUAAAGGUUCAAAUUUUAGUGGCAAAUUCUGGAUUUGGUAUGACUGGGCCUUAGGAGGCUAAAUUAAGACGAAAUACAAAUACAAAUACAAAUAUUUAUUGAUAACACCAAUGUUACAUGUCAAAGGAAUUAGGUAUACAUUGUAUAACUAUAACAUAAUUAUGUUGUUACAUAAUUUAAAUUAAUCAUUAAUUAUCAGAAAAUAAUCCAAUGUCAAUAGUAAUUUAUUACAUAAUUUAUGUGCAUGGUAACUCAAAAAAGUCUCCCACGCUGUACAAAGUUAAAUCAAGCAGCCACUUGCGUAGCCUAGUUCUAAAUGCUGCGGUGGAAGCUGCAUCUCGGAUAUACUGAGGUAUCCUAUUGUACACCGGCGGGAAAGGAGAGGACCGCGCGAAAACCUUGUCAUACAAACCUCAUUUUCCUCUCUGGACAAUAUUGACAAUAUUUUAACACAAUUUAAUGUAUAUCAACCACAGCUAUGAUAGUUAAUUGACUUUUUCGAUUUUUUUUUAUUACAAGUGAGUUGUGAGCUGUAGACCUCGCGAGCAUAACUUUAAAAUUGAAAUAAUGUAUGGGUCCGGUAUUUAAAUAAAAUCCAAAAAGUGAACUAAAAAAAAUCUAUUUAAUCAUCGAACCUGCUCACAAAAUUUCACGAGAACCGGUUGAGAAUUGCGACCUGUAGAGGAGAACAUUCGGACCUAAGUACGAAAGUAUUUUUGUUCGCUAACGCUCGGUCUCGGUAAUUUAUAACAGUAAAAGGCAUUAAAAUGUUGUAUGUAUGCUAUUUCUUUUUGCUCCUAGCAUAGUUGAUAUACAUAAAACUAUGUAAAUUUUUUUACCAUAGGUAAUGUCAAUAUCCAGAGAAGAAAUGGGGACUAGGUACGUUUCUAUAGAGAUAUCCUCCUGAUACUAAAUGUACAUUACAAUGUAUAUAUUCGUGCAAUUUAAUUUGAAUCUUUCAUGAACCAAAUAAAGUAGCAUUUCUUUUGUUUCAUUGUUUUUUAAAACAAACAAAAUGUGUUCUAAUUUACUUAUAGAAUAAGGUUCAAAUAAAAAAAUUGAAAACUUUAUGUGGGGGGUCUUACGAGAUAGAGAAGCGCUCGUCACCUUUCCUCUUAAUAGUGCUAGGUCUCUGUCGAAGGUUUGGUUUCGUAUGCCGCGCCGAAAAAUUAAGUUUCGGUGCGGCCGAUUUUUGGACGAAACCGAACUUGCGGCCGAAACCGAAACCUGAUUUUUAUGUCGAAACCAAUACUUCGGCCGGACACUAGUAAAUUUAGCAUAAGCCAUUUACUUAAGUAUAUCCAUGAAUAGAUCUGUAGUGAUGGGCAUUAUGUCGAAUAAUGUGUACUCGUAUACAAACUUGUUUUAUCGUCUGAAAAGUGGCAUUUAUUUGUUAAGUGCUGGGAUAUUGUAUGCAUUGUAUUUUUGUGAAAUUAUAUUUAAUUUUAGGGUUAUUUAAUUUGAAGGUGAAGGUUGGUGAUUGUUGAAGGUGAACUACAUGACAUUAAAAUAAAUAUGCAUUCUGAAA